GUGGGGUCGCACCAGUUCAAGGUGACGCCAGGAGAUGCCAUCUACGUGGAAAAGCUCAACUUCGCCCAUGUGAACGACGUGGUUCAUUUGGAGAAGGUGCUUCUGAUUGGCUCUCCUUCCGAAUCUCUUAUUGGGCGGCCCACUCUCCCAGGCGCCUUUGUUUCAGCCCUGGUGGAAGAGCAUGCUCUUGACGCCAAGGUGAUAGUGUUCAAGAAGAAGAGGAGAAAGAACUACCGCCGCACCAAUGGUCACCGACAGGAAUUGACUCGGCUUCGGAUUCUUGAAAUAGCUGGCAUGGAUGCUGUGGAAGAGAGGGCAAUUGAAGCAGUAGCAUGA